AUGAGCGACUCACAGAAUAAGGCGGUGUUGGUGGGCGUGAGCGGAGUGUCAUCUUCUGGAAAGACGACGCUGGCCCGUCUACUGCGAGACAUACUUCCAAACGCAUUUAUUCUGCAUGAAGACGACUUCUACAAGACAGAUCAGGAGAUACCGGUCAACAAAGAUGGAGUGCAAGAUUGGGACUGUCUCGAAUCACUCGACCUGGAAGCACUAGAAAAGGCUCUCGACUUCAUCAAAACUCAUGGACAAUCACCGCCGGAUCUAGAGUCCAAAGAGGACAAGAAUGCGGUGGGUGAAUCUGGAGUGGACAAGCAGAGAGUGGCAGAGCUCAAGGAUCAAGCGCACAAAAACUCGGGUGCAACAACAGAAGUUCCCAUCUUCAUUAUUGAUGGGUUCCUACUCUUCUCUCAGGAGAUGCAACACAUUCGAGAUCUCUUCGACGUCAAGCUGUUCCUCCGAGCGAACCACAAGACAGUCAAGCAACGAAGAGAAGCUAGAUCAGGCUAUGUCACUUUGGAGGGAUUUUGGGAGGAUCCGCCUGGUUAUGUCGACUCGGUGGUUUGGGCAAACUAUGCCAAGGACCAUGCAUUCCUGUUCGAAGAUGGAGAUGUUGAAGGAAAGCUCAAGGAGGAACUAUGCCAACGAUUGGGCAUCGAUACGGCACCACAGGCAGUACAGAGCAGCAUGACUGCAUGUGUGGAUUGGGCAUAUACGAAGAUAUCGGAUCACUUGUCGAAGAGAGCUGCCAAGUAA